CCCGGUGCAGGCGGUGUGUGCGCAGCGAGGGGAGGGUGCGUUCCCUCCCGUGCCAUGCCUGGGCUCUGCCGAGCCCUUUCCCCGCAGAGGGGCUGGGCAGCCGGCGCUGGGCUUUGCCACGGUCAGGUUUAGCCACGCUGCAUAACCCGGCUCCAUUCCCGGGGGAUGCACCCCCUUUCCAGGCAAAGCAGGGGGAUGGAGACAAUGCAGAAAAAGGGGUUCACCCCCGGAUGGACACGGACCCCCACCCAGCAAGGUGCUGGAUCUGACUGGUUCUGCCCAUUUCUCUCAUUGCUGACACACACGGCCCCAAUCCCGUUCCCACAGUUCCAGAGUCUCCAGCUGGAGCGGGAAAUGUGUUUGGCUUCAAACUGCACCCAGGCCAAGGUGAAUCUGUCCCUGCGCCCCCGGCUGGAGGACGGGAAGGCUUCCCUGGCCAUCAAGUACCAGGAGCUGCAGGAGAUCCGGGAGGCGUGCUGGGACAAGCAGCAGCGCCUGGAGACUUACCUGGAGAAGUGGAGCCCACAGAGUGCCCUGGGCCAGCUCCAAGCCAAGCUUGAUGCCUCCGAAGCAGAGUCAGAGGAACAGAUAAAGCAGUUCCUGACCCAGGAGCUGCCCCUCGAGUCGUUUCUGGAGUCCUUCUGCCAGAGCCGCACACGCUCCCACAUCUGCCGGACGCAGCUGGAGAAACUGCAGGAGCUGCUGCAGAAGGAGCAGAGUGCAGUAGCCCCCAAAGCCUUUGAUCUCUCCCACGGCUUCGUGCCCGCCUUCCUCCUCCCCUCGGAGGCUGCUGUGCCCUUUCCCGUGCCGGCUGCUCCUCCCAAGCACCAUCUGCCAGCCCUGGCACAGCAGCCAGCAUCUCCCAGCUCCGAAAUUCCCAGCCUGGGCUCUCCCCUGCGCCUCGUUGGACACAUCCCCCUGCUCAGCCCCCAGCCCGGCCACAGGCAGUCAGCCCCCAGAGCUCUGCAGCACCCCAGGCCAGUUCAGGAAGCACUGGGCAGGCCCCGGCAACCCCAUGGUCCUGCUGAGCUGGCCACCACUCCACUUAGGGUGGGGACCCUUGGGAUCCUUCGGGAAGCUGCCAAGCCAGCUGGCACCAUUGAAGAUCUGCCAGCAGCCAGGUUUGACCCCUUCCUUUCCAAAGAGUAG